UUUUAUUCCAUUCGUUCCACACACUCUUCACAAUGGUGACGGCAGAGGCCACGAUGACGACCUCGUCCGGCGAUGACCACCUCGCUGGCUACGACGCCGAGCAAGUGCGACUGAUGGAAGAAGUGUGCAUUCUGGUCGACGAGGACGACCGCGCCGUUGGUCCCGAGAGCAAGAAGAACUGCCAUUUGAUGGAGAAUAUCAACAAGGGCAUGCUGCACCGAGCAUUCUCAGUCUUCUUGUUCAACUCGAAGGGCGAGCUUUUGCUGCAACAGCGUGCGGACGAGAAAAUCACCUUCCCAGGCCAUUACACCAACACGUGCUGCUCGCAUCCGCUGUACAUUGCCGGCGAGCUCGAGGAGGCCGGUGCCGUCGGCGUCAAGCGAGCAGCCCAGCGCAAGCUCGAGCAAGAGCUUGGAAUAAAGCCCGACGAGGUUCCUCUUGAUGCCUUCAACUACCUAACGCGCAUCCACUACAAGGCUCCUUCCGACGGCAAGUGGGGCGAGCACGAAGUGGAUUACAUUCUCUUCCUCCAGCGAGACGUCAACGUGAAUGCCAAUCCCAACGAAGUCAAGAGCUACCGGUACUUGUCGCAAGACGAGCUCAAGCGGCUACUGUCAGAUGCGGAAGCAAAUGGCAUGCCCGUAACGCCCUGGUUUAAGCUGAUUGUCGAAACCUUCCUUUACAAGUGGUGGGACCAGCUUUCCACCGUCGCCUCCUUGUCGGAUCCUGCAACCAUCCAUCGCCUUUGAAUGCCUUCAAUUUUGUUUAUGAAAGUUUUUCUUGUAUCUCAAUCAUUAGUACAUUCUGCACAAAACUAUCGUUGGUUGCAUUGGAAAAAAAACAAAACCAA